AUGUCUAACGUGCGACUCGUCGUGUUGCAGGACCGCUGGUUUUGGCGUCUGAGGAACAACAAGGUGCAGGAGGGUUACCCCAUGCAGAUCGAUCAGUUCUGGAAGGGUCUGCCUCCUCGCAUUGACGCCGCCUACGAGAGAUCUGACGGGAAAUUUGUCUUCUUCAAAGGCGAUAAGUUCUGGGUGUUCAGGGAGGUGACGGCUGAGCCGGGUUACCCUCACAGCCUGGUGGAGCUGGGUAACUGCCUCCCCAAAGACGGCAUUGACACGGCGCUGCGCUGGGAGCCGGUUGGGAAAACGUACUUCUUCAAAGGGGACCAGUACUGGCGCUACAACGAGGAGAAGCGCACGGCCGACCCGGGGUACCCCAAACCCAUCACCGUGUGGAAGGGAAUACCGGACGCACCGCAGGGCGCCUUCAUCAGCCGCGAGGGAUACUACACCUUCUUCUACAAAGGGAAGGAAUACUGGAAGUUCGACAACCAGAAGCUGACGGUGGAACCCGGAUACCCCAAGUCCAUCCUGCGCGACUGGAUGGGCUGCGACCAGUCUGACAUGGAGCGCUCCGGCAGCAAGGGGAACCGCGGAGACCGCCAACUUCCCCUGGACGAUGUGGACAUCAUGGUGACCAUCAACGACGUCCCGACGACGGUCAACGCCAUCGCCGUUGUGAUCCCCUGCAUUCUGUCGCUGUGCAUCCUGGUGCUGGUGUACACGAUAUUUCAGUUUAAAAACAAAGGAGUGCAGCAGAACACCAUGACGCAGCACUACUACAAAUACCCUGUUCAGGAGUGGGUAUGACAGGGUAUAGGUAUGUCAAAGUUCAUGGAUUAAAGGGGGUCAAGUCAGACUGUUAGCUAGUUUAUGUUGGUUUAUGGCCCAGAACGCUAGCAGAAAACAGUGGAAAGUCAAUGCUGAAAGACGCUAAUUGUGCUAGCUAGUGAUAAAACACUGAGAAUGCUCUGCGGGCGUAUAUUUAGACAUUAGCUCAGAGUGUGUGUGAGAGAGAUGUGUGCCUGUCUUGUGACACAAGCAGCGUAAAACUGCAAGGAUACUGAUUUUGCUGAUACGGCAAGAGGACUUGAUUGGCUCAGGACAGAAAACACACCUGAUUUGUCCACAACUUCUCUGGCUAGUGGAACGGGGUCUUAUGAGCGACACUGAACUUUGACCUCUGGGACCUACUAACACAACUCUUCUCAGCGGAAAUAAAAAGAAAGAGGAUUUGGGGCAGAAAGAAUAUGCUCCUCAAAGCCAGACACCAACUCCAAGUUUGUUCUAACAACAACUUGUACACGAGAACAACUUCAACUAUUAAGUCAGAUUAAAUUGAAUGAAAACAAAAGAAAACAUCGAAGUUGAAGAUAAAAUGUUGGUAGAAAGGCCAUAACAAAAAAAGAAACACAAGGAUCUCUCUCUGGAUCUCUUCACUUUAUUACAUUUAUAGUUGUAUGGACCUGUAAAACUGUCAGAGGAUCUUUUUCUCUCUUUUCUUUUCACUUCACACCACAAAAAACAGACUUAUCACCAUUAACUCAGACCUUUGUCAACUUAAACUCCCUGCUUUGGUUUACACAGCACGGACCAAUGGAUGUUGGUAGAUGUAGAACAGCUGAUCGUCAGCAUAUAGAGAUAAAUGAAUGUCUCGGUCUCAAAAGACGUACACGUUUGCUCAUAUUUAACAAGCUGUACACAACCAGGGCUUGUAUUUAUCAAACCUAUUCACAGUGACUUAAGUGGAAGAUAAAAGUCCUUCACAUUUACUCCUUUUUACAAUUUUCAAAAUAAAAGCUGCUGAUGUUUUGAGUGAUUUUUCACAAUAUGAUUGGCGAUGGUGAGCAAUAUGUUUUGUUGAAGCAGUAUAAUUAAGAAAGAGUUGUUUUAGCCUACUUUUAUUAUUUUGUGUGUACAUUGAUUGGAUAUUACUGCAAUUAGCAGGGAUACAAACAACACUAAAGCUGGUAUUUAUUUUGUAAUCAAGUUCCAGUUCUUUGACUUUUCUAUCAGCAGCAUAAUUACUUGCAGUGGAGUUUCAGCCAAUUUCCUAUUGAUUCAUCCCUAUUUAUAUAUUUAAAAUAUAUUACAAUCAUGUUUUUACAGAUUGUUUUUACAUUUUAUUAAUUGCUACUUGAGAUAUCAAGGAUUUAACACAAAUAGAAUGAACCUUUUGGACAUUUAAAUGACAUAUUUUGCACAUAUGUAAACUAUUUAAGCAUUUUAAGAAUGAACAGUUGGGUAACUCCUUGAGUCUGAUCGGCUCUUCCUGCUUUGAACGUACAACUUUAAUGUUACACUUUGCUGUGAAUUGGAUUAAGUUGCUUAAUAAAUGUGUCUGAACACUUACGCUCAGCAAAUAACGUUUUAAAUUGUAGAUUGGGUCUUAAGUGUAAAUCUUAGAAGUUUGAUAGAUACGGGCCCUGAGCUGAACUAGUUAGUCUGAUCUUUGUGUUUCUCUCUUUCCACACGAGGAGGGAAGCUCAUCAACAUGUGAGGAUUGGAGAAAUGCAAAAAGGGAGGAAAUAGAGGGGGGGUGGAAGGAGGGUAUGUGUGGGUCUGUAUUAGUAUGCUGUCUGCGGCACGGCGACAUCGACCGAGCUUAAUGAAGUACUUCUGUUCACAAAGGUCUAAUGGGGCGACUCGCCCUACACAUGCCUCGCUUUAAUCCUAGUGUCCUCCCUCUGUCUGUCCUCCCUCUGUCUGUCCUCCCUCUGUCUGUCCUCUCUCUGUCCUCCCUCUGUCUGUCCUCCCUCUGUCUGUCCUCCCUCUGUCUGUCCUCUCU